AUGAGUUCCCUGGUUGCCUAUGAGGAUUCAGAUUCGGACACGGAUGGAUCUGAGAAGGACCGAAGUCCUUGUCCAACCGGAGCUACUGAAAGAUCUGCCGGACAACAGGUGUCAUCAAAAGUGCCAAGUGACUUUACCUUACACCCAACCUAUGUCAACAGCUACAGCAGGACUCCUAGUACAGGCCAGGGCUUAUAUCCAGCUUACAGCACGGUGCAGACAUUCCCUGGUAAAGCCUUACAGACUACGGACGUAAGAUCGAACAAUCCAGAUACUACCUUCAGAAAUGUUGAGCUGAUCCAACAGAAGAGGCCCCUCGGCAGCGGAGUGAGACCUUAUAUUCCUAAAAGACUCCGGCAGGAACAGUGCAGUGUGGUAGAAGAGAUCAGCAGUGAUAGAACUGGGAAUUCACAUGACCACGCCGCCCAAUCAACACGGAGCGUCUACAGGGUUUCUGAUUACCUCGGGCCACAUCUACAAUUAAAAUACAAGGACACAGAGAUUCCCAGGAGCGUGGUGUUUCAGAUGGGGGAGCACACCGGCCCCGUAAACCGGGUCCAGUGGUGUCCGGUAAAGCAGUACAGCCACUUACUCCUCUCUGCUUCUAUGGAUGCUACUGUGAAGGUGUGGGACGGACUGGAUAGUGGGAAGUGCCUCCGCACAAUUACAAGUCACCGCGUUGCAGUACGUGAUGCGCACUGGUCUGCUUGUGGUCAGAAGAUUCUUACUGGCGGCUUUGAUUCACUUUUGCAUUUAACGGAUGUUGAAACAGGAAAGAACCUUUUCAAUGCGAACAAUGAAUGGAAGAUUGGCACAGUCAGGUUUCACCCAAGUGACCCUAAUCUUUUUAUAUGUGGGGGGUUCUCCCCUGCAGUAAAGGCGUGGGAUAUAAGAAUGAACACGGUGAUACACGUGUAUAAAGCUUCUGUGCAGCAACACUUUGACGUCCUUUUCCUCCCCGGCGGGAAUGAGUUUCUUAGCACAACAAACUCUGUGAGCCGAGAUUCUGCCGACCGCACUAUUAUCGCAUGGGAUUUUGGCACGGCUGCCAAAAUAUCUAAUCAGAUAUUCCAUGAGCGAUACACCUGUCCAAGCCUCGCCCUGCACCCAAAGGAGAACGUAUUCAUAGCACAGACUAAUGGCAACUACAUUGCUUUAUUUUCUACUCAGCGCCCCUACAAAAUGAACAAGAGAAAGCGAUAUGAGGGACACAAGGUUGAAGGCUUUGCCGUGGGAUGCGAGUUCUCUCCCGAUGGGUCACUUAUCGUCACGGGAAGUUCAGACGGCUCCGUCUAUUUCUACAAUUAUCAUACUUCAAAGAUGGUCAGAUCUCUGCCUGGGGACGGGAACGCGUGUGUCAGUAUCAACUGUCACCCGGUUCUGACGUCCCUCGUGGCAACCGCUCACUGGGACGGGCAGAUCAGGGUUUGGCAGUAGCCGUGUUUUGUAACAAUUGUGUGACCUGACUGCCUAGCUUUAGUUG